CUAGAGCGCCGGCAGUUUAUGCACUGGCCUCGCUGCUGUAACAACGUGUCGCUCGUGAGCCGUCGCAGCCGCUGGUCGUUGUCCGUUAGCAGCAACAGCAACAGCAACCACAACAACAGCAACAACAGCAGCAGUAACAACAACAAUAACAACUCACACGUCUGAGAGCCGGAGUUACAUUACAAUAUCGCCAAGUCCGUAACUGGCGUCUGUUAUCGCGCCACGCGUUCGCGCCGUCUGAUAAGCAGCCCGCUGCUAAUUUUUAGCGUCGGCAAAAAACAUCAUCAGAAUUAUUGAAUUCAAUUUAAAUAAAAUAUGUAAAAAAAAAAAAAAAUAUUUAAAGGAAUACAAAUAUCGCAGAUCAGUGAACAAUUUUUCAAAAUUUCAAAUGUGCUAAUUAAUCGACAAAAACAAAAAGUGUUGCUAUAAAUUAUUGCAAAAUUCUCAUAUCUAUUAUCACAUACACACACACACACAUACGCACACGCACAUUCGCAUUUAUUGUCUCGAUAUCACUUAUGCAAUCAAUUCGCAUGCAUUUGGUGUCAAUUGUUGGACGCUUGACCAACUGAUCAAGUCGUCAAAAACAUUUCGAUCUGCAUAGAUCGUCUAUAAGAAUACUGAUAAAAACAACAGCAAAAAGCUGGCUUAAUAACUAUUUUUUGUGCAAAAGACUUGGAUUAAAAAUCGCCAAAAUUGUGGAGGCAAUUAAAAUGAAGACUGAGCUGCGUUCCUGCGCAGCGUGCGGCGAGCCAAUCUCGGAUCGAUUUUUUCUCGAGGUUGGCGGCUGCUCGUGGCACGCCCAUUGCCUCAGAUGUUGCAUGUGCAUGUGCCCGCUGGAUCGCCAACAGUCGUGCUUCAUCAGGGAACGUCAGGUCUACUGCAAGGCCGACUACAGCAAAAAUUUCGGCGCCAAGUGCUCGAAGUGCUGUCGCGGCAUCUCCGCCUCCGACUGGGUGAGACGAGCGCGCGAUUUGGUAUUCCAUUUGGCGUGCUUUGCCUGCGAUCAAUGCGGACGGCAAUUGUCCACCGGGGAACAGUUUGCGCUCAUGGAUGACCGGGUGCUCUGCAAGGCUCAUUAUCUGGAAACGGUCGAGGGUGGCACCACAUCAAGUGACGAUGGCUGUGAUGGUGAUGGUUAUCACAAGAGUAAAACGAAACGCGUGCGCACCACCUUUACCGAGGAGCAGUUGCAAGUGCUGCAGGCCAACUUUCAGAUUGACAGUAAUCCGGAUGGCCAGGAUUUGGAGCGCAUCGCAUCAGUAACUGGUCUGAGCAAGCGCGUGACGCAAGUUUGGUUUCAGAAUUCGCGGGCGCGUCAAAAAAAACACAUACAUGCUGGUAAGAACAAAAUACGCGAACCGGAAGGAAGCUCAUUUGCGCGUCAUAUUAACCUGCAGUUAACGUAUUCAUUUCAGAAUAACGCACAGAAUCCCAUGCAUAUGAAUGGCAACAAAGGGGCUCUAUAUCCAGCGCAUGAAUCCUCCAUGGAUGAACUGUCGCAGGAUUCGAGCGUUCACUGUAUGCCCAGCGAGGUGUGACUGCAGCAGUCCUCGCCAGCGCGUGCCCAUCGCUAGCUCAGUGGAUGAUCAGACCAAUGGAUCAUCCUUGGAGCUGUGGCAUUAGCUGGCUGUGGGCUGCUACUCAAGCAACAAUAAAUCUAUGAAAACACACACACACACACACAAAAAAAACGUCCUUUCCUAGUCAAAAUUUUAUUUCAUAUGAAAUGAAAAACAAAAACGAAAACGAAAACGAAGAAGAAGAUGAAAACUUGCAACAUGGAAAACUCGCUGCAAACCCAAUCGGAGUUGAUCAAUCUGUUUCGAUGCUUUGAGCAUUGUUUGUCCAGUCGUUCAUGAUCCACACAAAUCUCAGAACACAACACAUACAUUCCUGCAUAGCCUAUAAAAUGAAGUAGAGGAUGAAGAUGAAGAAAAGAUAAAACAACCUAAGCUUAGUUUAGUUAAUUUAAUUUAAAUGAAAUUUAAAUUUAAUUUAGUUUAAUGCCUAAUUGUUAAGUGUUUUGCCCCUCUGCCUAUCUAUCUCUAUCUCUCUCUCUUUAAAUGUACAUCUAACUGUCUCAGUCUGUCCCUCUAAGCAUAGAAAUGCAGCUGCUUGCCAAGGCUUUUGUAAUAUAUUUAAACACUAAACUUUAUAAAUAUGUAUGUAUAUGCCUAUCAUGAGAAAUGUUGUUAUUGUUUA